AUGGAGAUUCAGUUUUCCAUUCCGCUGGCCCGACCCAAGAACGCGACAUCGGGACGGUCCUCGGCCGCAGCGCAAUCUUCCCACGGCGCCGCGACCGCCUCGGCCCGCGGCGGCACCCACCGAUUCGCCCUAGAGUCCCGCACAAGACACACGCGCCGGAGCUCGACACGCGCGCGCACCGGUUGUGCCACCUCUAACCUGGCCGACCAUCUAGGCAAAAAACGACACGUAAAGUGCGACGAGACGAGGCCCGCCUGUCUCAACUGCGUCAAAUGGCGAGGCUACUGCGACUCGUACGCCGACCCCGGAGAGGACAAGGAUACCGGCGACACCGCCGAGCUGAUUCACACGAAAAAGGCACCCUUGAUACUGACGGAGCCCCUCGUCAACACCUUGCGCUUUACGAGCAACGACCAGCGCGCCUACUUUGACGAGUGGGCCGCUCUAUCCGUGACCUUUCUCAGCGGCGGCCUGAGCCAGACCCGGCUCUGGACAGCCACCAUGCCGCAGCUGACCCUCGAGGAGCCGACACUACGCUACGGCGCCAUGGCCGUCGGCGCCCUGCGGCGCGCCUGCGGGCCCGGCAACUCGCUCGCCGCCCUGACCGGGGACAACCGGCAUUACCUGAACGCCGUUGUGCUGUACUGCGAGGCGCUGCGGCUGCAGUCCAAGGCCCAGCCGACAAGUGAGGGCCUGCGGACCGCCCUUCUGUCGUCGCUGCUGUUUAUUUGCUUCGAGUCGCAGCGCGGCAAUAUGCCGGCCGCGCUUAAGCACAUUACCCACGGCUUUAGCAUGCUGAAUGAGUUGGCGGGGUGCACGCCGCGCGCCCCGGACCUGGUGCGUAUUGCGCCCGCCCCGCCGUCCAUGGUCCAGGAAAUUCUGGACUGCUAUAAGCCGCUAGAGCUGCAGUCGCGGUCCUUCAUGGGCUCGUAUAAGAGGUUCUUCUUUAAGGGGGAGAAUAACCCGGGGCCGCCACCGCAACAGCCGCCAGAGCACCCGGGACAGGAGCCGCCGCCAGAGCCGCGUGUCGUGUCGCCGAGGUCAAGUCCGCAAUGGCCUGUAAACGUCUACUCACCAGCGAGUGAGCCAGCUACGCCGCAGAGCCAGCAAAUAGGAAUGCUGAGCCCACAGAGCCUAGAUAGCCCGUCAACACAACAUACAACGCCCGGCGCGCCGACUUCCUACACAUCCUCGCCUCCCUCCGCAACAACACCGCCCGGACACCAAUUACCUGGCCAAGCUCCGGGUGCUCCUGGGCCUCCGCACCGACCGCCCGGUAUCGCCCCUUUUACAAAGCACUCGCCGUAUUUCCGGCCCAAGCGAACAACCAUUACCACACUGCAAGAAAUGCCGCGCGAGUUCAAAGACGUCGAGGAGACGCAGGGUUACUGGGCGCUGGUGCAGCGCAACUUGGUACAGUACCUGCCGCUGCUGACGGCGACGACGGCGCAGCUCGCGCUCGCCAAGGCCGCCUCCGAGGCCGAGGUCGAGGCCAAGCUCACGGCGAUCCGCCAGAACCCGAGCAUCGCCAAGUUCAUCGCCGACUGCCGGUACUGGAUCCAGCGCUGGACCGAGGCCUACGAGCCGCUGUACCGGGGCUUCCUGCGCAACGCGGCCGCGGACCGCGCCGCCUACCUGCACGCCAUCAACCUGCGCAUCGAGUACCUGAUCCUGUACGUGUACACGACGGUGCCGCGCUACGCGGGGCUCAUCACGGCCCGCGGCCUGACCCCGCAGUACCGCGAGAUCACCGUGCUGGCCGAGACGCUGCUGCGCGCGCGCCCCAACUGCGGCUUCGCCAUGGACUCGGGCUGGACGUGGCCGCUGUUCAUCGCCGCGUUUGGGUGCCGGGAUGCGGCGGUGCGCGCCGACGCGGUGCGCAUCCUCGGCCAGUACCCCAUCCGCAACGCCCUGCGCGACAGCAGGGUGUAUCGCGCGAUUGCGCUGCGCAACGAAGAGGUGGAACGCGCGAUUGCGUGCGACGACGACGAGAAUACCCAGUGGAUCCGCCUGAGGCGGAGGGAGGUGCUGUUUGAGGAUUUCGGCGCGAGCGUGGUGCUGCGCUCGGUGUGCAAGGACCCGCGGACGGGUGUCUGGGAGCCGGUCGAGGAGAUUGCCGACUUUCAGGUCCGCCCAGAUGGUCACUUGAAUUGGAGGAGGCAGCCCAUCUCGGACGCGACGUCGAUACUCGGCGGCGUGUGCUGA